AUGAGUGAACAAGGAUAUCUAAGUAGUCAUAAUAUGAAAUCGAAAAUGGAUAGAAAUGAUUCUGAUAAAGGAAAAUGUAAAAACCAAGAAGGUAUUAAUGAAUGUGUCAAUAAAGAAAACACACAUGAAGGAAAUCAAAACAAACAUGAAGGAAAUCAAACCUCAUGUGAAGAAAAUCAAAACUCAUGUGAAAAAAAUCAAAACACACAUGAAAAAAAUCAAAACUCAUGUGAAAAAAAUCAAAACUCAUGUGAAGAAAAUCAAAACACACAUGAAAAAAAUCAAAACUCAUGUGAAGAAAAUCAAAACUCAUGUGAAAAAAAUCAAAAAUCAUGUGAAAAAAAUCAAAACUCAUGUGAACAAAACAGAAAUAAUAUAACUCUAGAUGACGAUGUAAAUAUAAACAAGAUUGUAGAAAAAAUGUCAGUGGAAGAACCUGAAGUAUUAACAAAAAUAUUCAAUUUGAUGAAAAAUAAUAACUGUUUAAAUUUUUAUCCGUUGCUUACACCUUAUCAUAAUAUAGAAAAAAUUGUAGAUAUAUUAAUGCAAGAAAAUUAUGAAUAUGAAAAUACGUGGACUGUACAUUGUGAUGCUAGUUUUAUUUGUAGAUUAUUAUAUGAAGGUUUUAUACCUGUGGCUAGUAAACAAAAGUUAUACAAAAUAGAAAACUAUGAAACAGUUAUGUAUAAAGAAUCUUUAUUAAUUCCUAAAAUACAUUUUAUUAGAUCAUGUAUGCAUCCUAGUGAAAUACAUAUAUCAAAAAAAGUAAAAAAAAAAUGUAAACAUUUUCAUAUAACUAUUGAUAAAAAUUUUGAAGGUGUUAUGGAAGGAAUUGUAGAAAAACAUGGACAGAAUUGGUUAUAUCCAUUUGUACAAGAAGAAUUUAAAAAAAUAUUUUAUAAAGAUGUAACAUAUAAAAAUGUAGAAUUACAUUCAGUUGAAUUGUGGUUUGGAAAAGAAUUAGUUGCUGGGGAAAUUGGGAACACAGUAGGAUCGAUUUAUACUAGUUUAACAGGAUUCCAAAGAAAAAGUUGUGCUGGUACUAUUCAAUUAUGUGCAUUAGCUAAAUUGUUAGAAAUACAAAAAUUCCAACUAUGGGAUCUUGGUAUGCUCCUACCAUAUAAGAAAGAUAUAGGGUCUAAAGAAAUAACAAUGAAAGAAUUCUUUAGAAAACAUCGAUUAUUUAAACAUCAACAUGCAGAAUUUAAAACACCUUUCAUGGACAAACUUAAUUGUAGUGUUCUAAUAAAGGGUAUAAAUCCUCAAGAAUUAAAAGAGGAAGAAUAA